AAAGUUUUAUUUUCAAUUAACAUAAAAUUUUUGUUUGUUCAAAUUUGUUUAAGACAAAAGUACAAAUGGAUUCAUCUUUAACAUUAGAUAUCUUUAAAAAAUACCUAUUUCUGCCACAAAGAGUUCUCGUCAGUUUCUUUGGAUUUUUGGCAAUUGUUAAUGCUUUUAUAAUGAGCCAUGUUACAGAGAUAUUUUUGGACCCAAUAAGAAUUCCCCACAAUAAUCAUUCAACUGAAAAAGCUGAAAUAUUAAUGAUUUUGAAAAGACGGUUGAAUUUUACAUCUCAUAGAAAAGGAGGAUUAUGGAAACAAAAAUUGUGGAUAAGCAAACAUGCUCGGGAAGACCCAUAUAUUUUCGCUUUUUAUAUCGGUUUCUUAAUAACUCAUAUACCAGGAGCUUUAAUAGCAGAAAGUUAUGGCGGCAAACGGGUGUUAAUUAUAACCUUGACCAUUAUGUCAUUUAUUACUCUUGCAACGCCUAGUUUGGUAAAUCAAUAUGGUGUUAAAGGUUUACUGAUCCUACGCAUAAUGCUAGGAUUAAGUGAGGGACCUUUAUUCCCUGCUGUGUGUUGUAUGAUAUCUAGAUGGAUACCAUCUCAAGAGAGGGGAUCAUUGGCUACUGUUGUCUUAAGUGGAGGUCAAAUUGGUAUAUUAAUUGUCCAUCUUUUGUCUGUUGUCCUAUAUACACAUAUUAGAUGGACUUUUGUCUUUUACAUACUUGGCGCUAAUGUCUUACUAUUGUGUAUUUGUUUUAUUUAUUUUGUUUUGAUAAUCACGAUUUAAAUCCCUAUAUUAAGUCAUCCGAAAAAGUCUAUCUUCAAGAAUCAAUUUCGUACUUAAACUUUGAGGGUUUACUUACUUGCUCACAGUCCUUGGCGACAGAUAUUAUCAAGUCCACAUAUGUGGGCUUUAAUAUCUGCCACCAUGGAACAUGCUUGGAAUCUGUCAACAAAUGUUAACAAUAUUAAACGCAGCUAAUCCUGUUUACU